AUGGCACCCUCUCAAGCUUACCCGCGCGGUACCGUGAAGCGUAUCGUCAAAGCGCACACCAAACGCCCUCUGAGCAAGAACGCCGAUAUAAUGAUUUUCCUAGACUACACUCUUUUCAUGCAGGAUCUCAUCCGAGAGGCAUCGAUUAGAUCCAAGCAGAGCGGGGAGAAGGGGAUAUCCGCUACGGCGAUCAAGAAAGUUAGGGAGACGUCUCUUAGAAAAUUCAAGGGUUGA